UUAGACGAGAUCUCUCUAAGCUAUCAAAAAUGUCUGGCUAUCCCAAAACUCCAGCCGAGAUCAUGUGGUCAAAAAGGACGUGGUCUUAGUGACAUAACCAAGAUCGUCGGAGGUCAGAAUGCCUAUUCAGGCGAAUGGCCAUGGCAGGUCGCUCUUAUGGAUGAAAAGGGCAUAUUCUGCGGUGGUUCUUUGGUAUCAAAUCAAUAUGUAAUUACAGCAGCUCAUUGUGUCAAACAUGUAUACUGGAGUGGACUUAAGGUAAUACUAGGGAAAUACAACAUGUACAGUUAUGAGGGAGAUGAACAAGUCGUGGAUGUAAUGAGAAAUGAUAUUACCAUUCAUCCUCAGUAUGACAGACAAGCAUUCGAUUAUGAUAUUGCAGUUAUUAAACUGAAAAAAUCAGUCAGUUUCACAACAAGAAUAAAGCCUGUCUGCAUUAACACAGAAAUUGAUUUUACUGGUAUGCUUUGA